AAAGUGCCUUUGUAGUAGCCAAUGAAUAAUUGCCAACUUCUUUCAAAGUUCCCGCCACUCGCGACCCUAUAAGAUGUCCCAGCUUCCUCUGUUCGGGGCUCUCGACCUCUGCCGUUGCAUCGGUGCGUGUCGAGGGCCCGGUCUCGAGCCCGUAUUAAACUCCUUUGUGCCCUUGCAUCGGUUGUCUGUGUCCUUGGGGGCUGCACUGGUCGACGUGGGCACAACAUUUUGGGGGCUCGUCCGGGAUCGACGAGUGCAGACCCCAACUGCCGAGCAACCGAAAGGAGUUCUAAAGCGCGCAGGUGAGUUCCAACACUCGCCCAGGUAAGCUUCAAGUCUGCAGACCUGUAGUUGUACUUAGUACCUGUAUCUUUUGUACUUUGUACCUGUAGAAGCUGUUUUGUACUUAGUACCUGUAUCUUUUGUACUUUGUACCUGUAGAAGCUGUUUUGUACUUAGUACCUGUAUCUUUUGUACUUUGUACCUGUAAAAGCUUUAAUUGUUUGCAAACCUGAAAAUCUGUUCAAUAGCCGGGUCAGGCUUAAGUGGACGCACUUGAAAGCCGCCGGCGUGGACCGCGGGAGACGUCCCCGGACCACAUGUUAGGAAGGCCACACCCUUUGCGGGGAAGCAGAUACCCCUUUUGGGGGCCUUUUGAAAAAUCAGUCUUUGGCCUGUUUCUUGUGACGACAGCCACUGUACUUCUAGCAUUUGUCAUCAUGGGUCAAUCACCAUCUACCCCUCUAUCCGUUGUUUUACAGCAUUUUAAAGAUGUCAGGUCCAGAGGGUCGGACCUCAGUGUAAAAAUAAAAAAAUCCCCUCUAAUCACCUUUUGUUCCUCAGAGUGGCCGAAGUUCGGAGUUGGUUGGCCCCCGGAGGGAACUUUUGAUUUACAGAUUGUCCGUCGCGUAAAGGAAAUCAUCACCAGUGAAAAAAAAUUCGGACAUCCUGACCAACUCCCGUAUAUCUUAGUCUGGCAAGAUCUAGUCCAGAACCCCCCUGCUUGGUUAAAGCCAUUUUUGUCGUUACAGGCACAACCCGUACUGCCGGCUAAACUGCUUGGGUCCCACCCCAACACCCCGUCGGCACCUGCGGUUUUCCAAGACUCUACCCCGGAGGAACUUCUAUUUCCACCACCCUAUCAUAACCCUUGUAGUAACCCUCCCCAACUCCUGCGGUCGGCUGACCACCCUCCCCCAGAGGCGGGCGGGGCUCGUGGGCAGGGUCCGGCGGCAGGCACCCGCUCAGUGAAGGCGAAUUCCCCGGAUUCCACCGUCCUGCCCCUGCGUGUGGCAGGAUUGCCUAAUGAGCAGGGCAACCAGCCCAUGCACUACUGGCCGUUUGCGACCAGUGACCUCUACAACUGGAGAGCACAAAAUGCACGUUUCUCUGACAACCCUAAAGACCUUGUUAAUCUCCUAGACACUGUUCUAUUUACUCAUCAGCCCACCUGGGAUGAUUGCCAACAGCUCUUGCAGGUCCUCUUCACCACUGAGGAGCGAGAUCGUAUACUGACGGCCGCCAGGAAAUUAGUCCCUGGAGAAGAUGGCACACCCACCACAAACGCGGCCCGCAUAGAUUUAGUGUUUCCCUUGACCCGACCUGACUGGGAUUUUAACCAGGCUGAAGGUAAGGAGAGACUCCGGGUGUACCGCCAGACUCUAAUGGCAGGGUUGCGUGCAGCAGCCCGCAAGCCCACCAAUUUGGCCAAGGUAGGGGAUGUGCAGCAGGGAAGGGAGGAGACCCCCGCGGCUUUUCUAGAACGCCUCAUGGAAGCUUUUCGGCAAUAUACUCCUAUGGAUCCGGAGGCAACGGAGAACAGGGCCGCGGUGGUAAUGGCCUUUGUUAACCAGGCGGCUCCUGACAUUAAACAAAAACUACAAAGAAUAGAUAGGCUGGGAGAAAAAUCUAUUCGAGAUCUUAUGGAGGUGGCAGAAAAGGUGUACAAUCGCCGUGAAACUCCUGAGCAAAGAGAAGACCGCAUCCGCCAGGAAGAACGGAAGGUAAGGGCGGCUGAAAACGCACGCCACACUCGGGAUAUGGCCAGAAUCCUGUUCGCCGUCACUCAAAAGGACGACCCGGGUAAGCUACACCCCUCCCGCCGCCCCAGCUCCACAGGGACAGGCAGGACCCUACAGCGUGAUCAAUGUGCAUACUGCACUCAAAAAGGACACUGGGCCAAACAUUGCCCAAAGAAACGGGGAAUAACCUCAAACAACCCCGCCGUUUCUGACACUCCUGUCCUGGUGCUCGGGGGCACAAGAGAUGACAGUGACUAGGACCGUCAGGGCUCGACCCUCCCCGAGCCCCGGCUAACCU